UUUUGUUUCACAAGUGCAGCUAAAUGUAGGAUCAUAUUAUUAUUAUUAUUCGUUGGCGACUGUAACCAAAAUAGUAAUACAAAUAGGUGCUGUAAUGUUACGUAGAUGCAACUCAUCUUCCAAAACAGUACGUGGCAGCAACUCUCGAGUAUAUUGAAUAAAACAUGUCUACAAAUCAAGAAGAAGAAGAAUACGGCGGGAGUUGUUAGCACGUUUGGCAGCUAACGUUAACUACGCGUUAGAUACUAGCGAGCAAAGAAUAGACGCGAACCAUCUCUGGAGUUAGCUAAUCACCGUGAGUGAGUAUGGAAACACAUGAACGUAGACAACCAUAGCUAUCUAGCUAAUGCAGCCAGCCUAGCAUAACAUGACGAGUAAGCAGUCAAGCAAGUCAACUACAACGUUUGUUUGCGUUGAAUUCAGCAAACUAGCACGGAUUCUUGACAUGAACCCUUGAUGUGACAGAGAACGUUAUAGUCAGCCAGACAGACACAGACAGCCACCUAGCCGACAAAAUUGGCAGCUGUUGGAUUAACGAUGGAAAGUUGGAAAUAUCUGCUAUGACAGAUUCAAACAUGACGGACAGGAAUUUACCUGAGUGGAUGUCGAAGAUAGAAACUACUGAAAAAGAUGCACUUAAACAGGUUCAAACAGGACUCUAUAAAAGAAAUGUCAUAGAGGAUUACCUUCCUUAUCUAGAGUUCACUGGCACAGUCAUAUUCAGCCAGGAGAAAAAUGACUGCUCUUUUCUCUCUGACGAGUUAAGGUCUAGUCUUUCACCUGGCUCUGCUGUGGGGUUUGACAUAGAAUGGCCUCCUUCGUUCACCAAAGGCCAGAAGAAGAAAGUUGCCUUGGUCCAGCUGUGUGCUUCUGUAGAGAAGUGUUACCUUUUUCACCUCUCCCCCAUGUCAAGAUUUCCAACUGGCUUGAAGAUAUUUUUGGAGGAUGAGACAAUCCGAAAAGUUGGAGUGGGCAUCGAAGGAGACAUGUGGAAGCUACUCUCUGACUUUGAUGUCAAACUGAAGAAUUUUGUGGAGCUUGGAGAUUUGGCAAAUGGAAGACUGCGAUGCGGUGAGAGGUGGAGUCUGGAUGGGCUCGUCAAGCACCUGUUCAAGAAGAGGCUGUUCAAACAGCAGGAUGUGCGCUGUAGCAAUUGGGAUGACUUUGAACUCUCCCAGGAACAGAAAAGAUACGCAGCUACAGAUGCUUAUGCUGGCCUGAUCAUUCAUAACAAACUGAAUACUAUGGACCCUGGAGUAAAUUCUCAGUCUGGCCUCAAGGACAAGCUGUCUCAAAUGGCCAAUGAAAUUGAGGAAUUAGCUGGCAGCAUCCCAGAAGAAGUCAAUGACAUCCAGAGCGUUGCAACGCUAGUGGAGGACCUGUAUGUUAGUCUCACUGCUCUGAGAGAUUUGCUGUCAAAGAACAAUACCUCAGCAUCUACCAUAGAUCCAGAACCUUUGUCUCACGACCUCCCAGAGAACAAGCCCCUCAGUCCUGACGGAACAGACACAACCAAUGGAACACAGAUGGAUCAGGGCUCACCCAGAGAAGAUGAGGACCUCAAUCACUCUAACAUAGAUCUCUUUAAGGUUCCUGAACCCAUGGAAGAGGCCAGCAAACCCAUAGACUAUCAAGGAGACUGCAUCAUGUCCCUGGAUAUCUCAGAGUGUGAGCUUCAAAUGCUGGAGAGGCAAGCUAAGCAGGAGGAUCUGGAGGAGCAGUCCACUUUGGAGUUCCAGGAGAAAAAUGCACUGGAUGACUCUGCAGACCUUUUGUACGAAGUGGAGCUGGAGAGCGAGAUGCUACAGUGUGUGGAGGAAGUGGAGAGGUUGACUCAACAGAAACAACCCCAACCUGAGGAAAUGCCCUCUGGCCCUGGCAAUGAGGAGGAUGACAUAGAGGAGCUGGAGGAAGAAGAAGAAUUUGAUCCAUCUCUUCCAGAGCCACUCCCUGAACAAAUCAAAUGUCUAAAGAUGUAUUUUGGACAUAGUCGCUUCAAGCCAGUACAAUGGAAAGUAAUUCACUCUGUUCUGAAGGAGAGGCGAGAUAACCUUGUUGUCAUGGCAACAGGGUAUGGGAAAAGCCUGUGCUUCCAGUUCCCCCCAGUGUACUGUGUUGGCGUCAGCAUUGUUAUCUGUCCUCUCAUCGCUCUCAUGGAGGACCAAGUGCUCCAGCUCGAAAUGUCCAACAUUCCAGCUUGUUUUCUUGGCUCUGCUCAGACCAAAAAUGUUUUAGCCGGCUUGAAACAGGGGCAAUACAGAGUUGUAUACAUGACCCCAGAAUACUGCUCAGGCAAUAUAUCUCUACUCGAACAGCUCCAUAGAAGUAUAGGAAUCUCUUUGAUAGCGGUGGAUGAGGCUCAUUGUAUCUCUGAGUGGGGCCAUGACUUCAGAGGUGCAUACAGGAGUCUGGGAAACCUGAAGAGAAGUCUACCUAACGUUCCCAUCGUGGCGCUGACUGCCACUGCAAGCCCAUCCAUCAGGGAGGACAUAGUGAAGAGUCUGAACCUGGAGCAACCCAUCGUCACCUGCACCUCCUUCGACCGGCCCAACCUCUACCUGGACGUCAAACGCAAGUCUGGGGGCGUGUUUCAGGACCUGAAUGGCUUCCUGAAGAAGACCACUGGGGGGGAUUAUGAGUUUGAAGGGUCCUCUAUUGUGUACUGCCCCUCGAGGAAAGAGGCUGAGCGUGUGACCUCCACUCUGACCUCGCUGGGUGUCACGUGUGGUGUAUACCAUGCUGGUCUGGGCAUCAAGCAGAGGAGGGAGACCCAGCAUCGCUUCAUGAGGGACGAAAUCCAGUGUAUUGUGGCUACAGUUGCUUUUGGAAUGGGGAUCAAUAAGGCUGACAUCAGGAAGGUGGUCCAUUAUGGAGCCCCUAAGGAGAUGGAAUCUUACUACCAGGAGAUUGGACGUGCUGGGAGAGACGGACUUCCAAGUGCCUGCCACGUCCUGUGGGCACCAGCAGAUCUAAAAUUAAACAGGUUUCUCAUCAACCAGGUAGCAAACAACAAAUUCCGGGGCUACAAGCUCAAAAUGAUGGGCAAAAUGGACUUGUAUCUCAACUCAUCCAAGUGCAGAAGGAAGCUGAUCCUCUCCCACUUUGAAGACAAACAGCUUCGAAAGGUGACCUCGGGCAUCAUGGGAACUGACCAGUGCUGUGACAACUGCCGAUCUGGGGCGGUGAACAGAGUUGGUGUAAAUGACACAGUGGACGGUGGGCGUCAGGAUUACGGUGUGUUGGCAUUCCAGCUGAUGGGAGCCGUCAGUGCUAUGGGGGAGCGAUUCGGCUCCUCAGCCCCCAUCCUGUUCCUCCGUGGAUCAUACUCUCAAAGGGUUCCUGAGAUGUACCGGUGCCACCCUCUGUUUGGAGCUGGGAAGAGUGUCUCUGAGCCCUGCUGGAAAGCCCUGGCACGGGAGCUGGUGAAUGAGGAAUACCUGAGGGAAGCCACCGGCACUAGCAAGUUCUGUGUCCUCUGUAAAAUCACCCCCAAGGGGAGGUUGUGGCUGAGCCGAGCCCUGGAUGAGAAACAGAGAACCCUCCUGCUCCAGUCGAGUGACCCUGACCUCAACACCUGGUCUGCACUAAGACGAAAGCAGAAACCUGCAGCCACCACUAGUGCCCCUGACAGACAGUAUUCCACCUCUCAGGUGAGUGUGUUCUGGAGGAUUGGUACAGAGAGAAUGACUAGCCACCACCACCUAGCCACCACCACUAGUGCCCCUGACAGACAGUAUUCCACCUCUCAGAACACUGGGUUAAAUGUCUUUUGUAGGCCAGUCAACAGCAAAUCUAUCCCGAAGUUGGACAUGUCAUCUAGCAGUGACAGGACACCAUCCAAGUUGUUGACCCAGGUAGCGGUGUCCAAACCACAGCCAGCCCCCAUCUCCACCAGAGAGCUUGAACUGCAGACUGCGUUGUACGCCAAGCUGGUUGCUGAACGACAGAAACUGGCCAGUGAGAAGGACAUCCCACCGGCCAUACUGGCCACCAACAAAAUCCUCCUGGAAAUGGCCAAGAUGAGGCCGUGCACUGUGUCCAGUCUGAAGCAGGUGGAUGGUGUUUCUGAGGCAAAGUCCAGCAUGCUUAUACCCCUCCUCAAAACCAUAGCAAGUUUCUGUGAGCUUCACAACUUGAAGGUGGACUCCUCGACUCUGGCUUCAGCCCCAGGUCCAGAGAGCGUUACAGGGGUGGUGACUGGGAGGUCCUCCUCUCUACCGAACAGUAUUGCCAUCACCUACAGACUGUUCCAGGAGGAGGGCAAGAGCAUGAGGCAGGUGUCUGAUGUGCGCAGUUUACCCGUUGCUGUGCUAGAAACUCAGCUGAUCCAGGCCUUCAGGGCAAACCACCCACUGGACACAGUGAGAGCUGGUCUAACAACCGCCAUACGAACUACCGUCAUCCGCAUCAUCCAGUCACACCCUGUCAACUCUGACCUCAGUGACAUCAAGGCCAUUCGAGCCAGAGUCCCCGACGACAUUAGCACCUUCCUCAUCCAGUUGACUGUGGAGCUGCUGCAGAGACAGGGGAUGCACACGGCCCCACCUGCUGUUUCCACCAGCCGACAGCAGCCUGAGCUCACCUGGAUAGAACCCGAGGACAAACCGGUGAGAGAACCUUCCGUCCACAAGCCAGUGAGGAUAGAAAAAGACCCAGCCCAGCCAGCCCCAGUGGAGCCAACCCCAGCCCAGCCAGCCCCCAUCAAGCUAUCCCCAGCCCAGCCAGACCCCAUCAAGCUAUCCCCACCCCAACCGGUUGGUUGGUUAGCAGUCGGACUCCCAGACGAGAUGGAGAUGAGUAUGGAAGAGGAUGACCUGUUCAGGGAUCUUCCAAUGCCCGAGGAAGUGGGUCCCGUCUCAGAGUAUGUCCUUGCACCUAAGGCUCUUACUGCAGCCGCCAAGGCUGUCCCCCAGACCAGUGCAGUGAAGCUGGCAUCCUGGAACCAGGAGCCACUGGAUGAGGACACACAUGAACUCUUCAGUGACUCCCCUCAGAAUGUCAGCCAGCCGGCGAAGAGAAAACUACCAGACUGGGCUGAACUACCAAGAGGUUCAAGUUCUUUGGCCUGUACAAAGAAAACCAAAAAGAACAAAGGACUUUUUUCGUAACUGACCAACAAAUUAUUCUUACUGACCAAAUGUUUCUGAUUUUCUUUAUUACAAAAUGGCAAACAAGGUGUUGAUUUCCAACUUAACAAUGUAACAUAGCAGACUAAUUAAUGUAAAACAUGUCAUUAUGUAAAACCUCUUGUAAUAAAGAUACAACUUGAAUGUA